UUGUGGUGAUCACAAUUAUUACAAAGCUGCGUAGUGUAAGAUUUUCCAGUAAUGGAGAAGGCAGCAGCAAAGUCGAAGAGCAAGAUUUUGAGGUUUCUACCAAAGGCAGCUCAAGCAGCAGUUUCAUUCCAAAACCCUCAAUUCAGUCCGGGCCGAGAUAAGCGGCCAGAUGUGAACUCGCACAAGCUUAAAACCCAUCUGAGCAAGGGGUUUUCCGGCCCGAUUGUGUCCAUGAUUCCUGCGGAAGCCCGAGGGAAGUCCAAGAAUUUCGAAACCCAAGAGCCCACGUCGCCGAAGGUGUCAUGCAUGGGCCAAAUCAAGCACAGGAAUAAGAUAAGCGCGAAAAAGCACGCUUCUUUGCCUAAAGAAUUCAAACCCGCUUCUUUUGCAAAACCCGAGAAGAUUAGGGAAACCAGGCCGGCGCCGGAGCUGAAGAAGAAGCCGUCCGGAAUUAAGAAGAUUUUUGGUGGUGGGAGGAAAUCCGACGCUUCGGCGGACCAUGGCAGGCCGCCGCUUCCCGACAGGGCUCCGAGCCUGAGCCAGAUGAGGAGAUUCGCCAGCAGCCGUGAUACGUUUGCGAAUUUUGAUUGGACAACUGCGCAGAUUGCACCGGAGGAGGACCGAGAUUACUUCUCCGAUGAAGAUAGGGGAUAUAGCGACGGCGAAGAUGACGUAUUCAUCCCUUUCUCGGCGCCGAUUCCGAUGGGUGGAGCUGGACGCGAUUCGGGUUUGGAGCCGAGGAAGGAGAUUAAUUUGUGGAAGAGGAGGACCAUGGCUCAGCCUACACCCCUCCAAUUAAACAUGGUUAGACCACAAUAAUAAUAAUAAAAGAAUAAAAAUUCUUUUUUCGUUGUUAUUAUUUUUCUAGGUUUGAUUUUGUGAUGAAGAAGUUGGACGACAAAGGUGUCAAUGUAAAGCAAAUUAUAUUAAACUAUGUAAUUUGUUAAUUAAUUGUUGGCAUUCAAAGCAAGAUUUAUUAGAUGGGAAGGAUUUGAGUA